GUCAACACCGGAUUCCAUCGUGCGAGCGCCAGUCGGCGAGAUACCCCGCGAAACCCGAUCAAUUGCACCCUAGCGAGGAGUCUUUCUCGACUGGGCCCGGCCUCGCGUACCCUCAGCACCUCAUCCACCAUGUCGACGCGACGAGCUGCUCUAUCCCUCUACCGCCGCUCAUUGAAGCUGGCGCUGGAUUGGGCCGUCCACCGACACUUGUGGCGUGGCCAGGCUCUCUAUAUUCGCUCACUGUUCGAGGCCAACCGCAAUGUGACUGAUCCGAGACACCAAAGAGCUCUAUUGAGCGAGACAGAGAAGCUACUGGAGAGCUGGAAGCACCCCGAUCCCUAUACGCCCCCGACUGCUCCCGGAGGCUCAAAGUUCGAGCGAAACCUGCCAUCGCCUAUCCUCGACCCUCCCCCCCACCCCGUCAACAGACAUUAA